CUAAUUAAAACAAGUUGGAGCAGCAUAAUAUUUAAAAACUCUGUUGACUCAACAACCCCAUCAUAUAUAAACCAAACAAGUGCAACAAAUUGAGAUAUGUCACAAGGCAAAACAUGGAAGCAACUUUGCUGCUCUCUAUAUGUUUACUAGUACUAACUCUGUACUUUGUUUGUUUGAGACGAAGAAAACUCAAUCUCCCGCUAAGCCCCCUACUUAAACUUCCAAUUAUAGGGUAUCUUUAUCUCCUAAAACCUCCUCUAUAUCGCACUCUUGCUAAGCUCUCAACAAAAUAUGGCCCGGUUUUCUCUCUUCAAUUAGGUACCCGUCUUGUUGUGGCAGUUUCCUCGGCAUCUGCUGCCGAAGAAUGUUUCACCAAAAAUGAUAUCGUUUUUGCCAAUCGCCCUCGUUUAACUAUUAGCAAAUACAUAGGUUAUAACUAUACUACUGUCGGUGAUUCCCCUUAUGGUGAUCACUGGCGUAACCUUCGUCGCCUCUGUGCACUUGAAAUUUUCUCCAAUAAUCGUCUCAACAAUUUUCAGCCCAUUCGACAACAUGAAAUCAAUAAUCUUGUUCACAGAGUGUUUCAUAACUCUGGCGACAAUUUUGGGACUCCUGUUGACCUUAAUCCUUUUGAACUUAAGUCCAAGUUAUUUCAGAUGUCGUACAAUAUUAUCAUGAGAAUGGUAGCUGGAAAGAGAUAUUACGGUGAAGAGGUAGAUAGCGAGGAGGCAAAUCAUUUUCGGAAGCUUAUGGAAGAGGUUAAUUCAUAUGGAGGUGCAUCAAAUCCCGCAGAUUUCAUGCCUGCAAUAUUUCUGUUGUUUUUCAGGAGCACGGAGAACAAAUUAGCCAAGCUUGGUAAAAAGAUGGACGCUCUCUUGCAAGGUUUGGUUGAUGAACAUCGUCGCGAUAAAAGCAGGAGUACCAUGAUUGAUCAUUUGCUUUGUUUGCAAGAAUCAGAACCAGAGUAUUACACUGAUCAGAUAAUCAAAGGGAUUGUUUUGGUCAUGAUAAAUGCGGGAACUGAUACAUCAUCGGUGACAACAGAGUGGGCAAUGUCUCUUCUACUUAACCAUCCAGAGGUGUUGGAGAAGGCUAGAACUGAAAUAGACAACCAUGUGGGUAAGGAUCGUUUAGUUGAUGAAGCGGAUUUACCCAAGCUGAAGUACCUUCAAAGUAUCAUCUCCGAGACACUCCGGUUGUUCCCAGCAGCACCAAUGCUAUUGCCUCAUGAACCAUCUGAGGAUUGCAAGGUCGCUGGCUUCCACAUUCCACGAGGCACGAUGCUAUUGGUGAAUGCUUGGGCCAUUCAUAGGGACCCGUUACUUUGGGAGGAUCCGGAUAGCUUCAAGCCAGAAAGGUUUGAAGGUGUGGAAGUGGAAUCAUGGAAGUUGUUGCCAUUUGGAAUGGGAAGGAGAGCAUGCCCUGGCUCCGGACUUGCUCAACGUGUGGUUGGUUUAGCUUUAGGAACUUUAGUGCAGUGUUUUGAAUGGAAAAGGGUAAGCGAUGAGAGGGUCGAUUUGACAGAAGGAAAAGGUCUCACUAUGCUAAAAGCUGAGCCACUCAUGGCUAGAUGCAAAGCUCGUGAAAUUGUUCUCAAACUUCUUUCAGAAAUAUCCUGAUGUGUCUUUCUUGCAUGUUGUUAGUUUUGAAAGGUUUGAAUAAGUCAUGUAUCAUGUAUCUUCAUAGUCUCUUAUACUAUGCACUAUCUGAGUUUCUGUUUUGUCAUUCAGAUACUUUGGAAUAAUAUACAUAUGAGGUGCUAUUUGCUUUUUAA